GAGAAUGUAUACAACAUGGAUAAGACUAGAGUAAUACUCUCUACGCUCGGCGCCGUCAAAGUACUCGUAGGCAGAAACGACAUACGGGGCUAUAGAGGCGCGCGUGUGAAACGAACGACAGUAACAGCUAUAGAAUGCAUUAGUAGUGACGGUAGGUACUUAAGCCCCAUAAUUAUCUGGGCAGCCACCACACAUCGGAGCGAUUGGAUAACCUUUCCCACACCCGGCUGGCACUAUGCGUGCUCCGAAUCUAGGUACACCGACUCCAAGAUUAGCUUAGAGUAG